CGGAAAUCCGCGAUCAUCUAUCUACCCUCCACUCCGGCCCAUCGUACGACGUGGCAAGAUCGUAUAUUUAUUUGUUAAAUGUUUCGUAAUUUCACCAAGAUGUCUUUGGAUACGUUCACCACCGUCGCUUCCUACCGACAAUGGCGCCAGGCUGCGCGCGAUGCUCGCAAAUCUGUGGGGUACGUCGCGACUAUGGGCGCUCUACAUGACGGGCAUCUUAGCUUGGUCCGACGGUCUCUACAAGAAAACGACCUCACCGUGCUCUCCAUCUUUGUCAACCCCGCCCAGUUUGCGCCCCACGAGGACCUGGAUACAUACCCCAAGACGCUGGAGAAUGAUUUGAGGCUCUUGGCGGAGCAGAGCGUGGCGGGAAGGGGGGUCUCGGCGGUGUUUGCGCCCACGGUAAAGGAGAUGUACCCUUCUGGUAUCACCCAGGACCCUGCUGCUCAGAAAGGCACGUUUGUAGAGGUCAAAGGGUUCGGGGACGAGAUGGAGGGGAAGAGUCGGCCGCUGUUCUUUCGUGGAGUCGCAACGGUCGUGACCAAGCUCUUCAAUGCCAUAGAGGACAUCCAACAAGCUCUCCUCCUCCGACGGAUGUGCCGCGAUCUCCUCCUCGCCCAUCCUACCCCGGAGAACCUCCACAUCGUACCUACGCGCCGGGACGACACCGAUGGUCUCGCACUCUCCUCGCGCAACACUUAUCUCUCCCCCGAAGCGCGAUUAGUAGCUCCAAAGCUGUAUGCUACUCUCCAAACGGCGGAAAAGGCCUGGAACGCUGGGUUUACCAAGGCAGAGUGCAUGGAGAAAGCUGUAGAGGUCCUACGAGACGCGCCGGGGGUCCGGCUGGACUAUAUUGAGAUGAACGACCCGGAGACGUUCGAGGCGCUGGACGGGGCUUCCAGAGCCACAGACGAUGCAGUGAUUCUGAGCGGAGCAGUGUGGGUGAAUACGACACGGUUGAUAGAUAAUAUUAUCUUAGGAAACGCUAAUAAAAUAUGGGGUUAGCCGGCAACUCAUUCGCAGUGACGCGUUCUAUUAGCCGGGUCUUAA